GCUAUAUACCUUAGAGUAGCAAUAUUCAAAGUCUAGUCAACUGCAAGCAGAGAAAGACGGGCGAAUUUAACGCACCAGUGUUGUGUUUUGGUUUUAACUGUUUCAUUUGAAAUAAACAUUGCAUUACGUUUACCUUUUUAUACGGAUAUAUUGGAUAUACUAGGGGACAGCGGGAUAUAAGGUUAUAUCGACAAAGAUGGCUUCAUCUGUCAACAGCAAAAAAGACGAAAAGGGAAGGAACAUCCAAGUUGUCGUAAGAUGCAGACCUUUCAACACUGCAGAACGCAAACCCGGGUCUCAUUCUAUACUGGAAUGCGACCCCAUAAGACGGGAGCUAAAUGUGCGUACUGGGGGCAUCGGCGAUAAAUCCGGCAGGAAGACCUACACCUUCGAUAUGGUUUUUGGUCCUUUGGCCAAACAAAUUGAGGUGUACAGAAGUGUGGUCUGUCCGAUUUUGGAUGAAGUGAUCAUGGGAUACAACUGCACCGUUUUUGCAUAUGGACAGACUGGCACUGGAAAAACGUUCACAAUGGAGGGUGAAAGAUCAGCUGACGGGGAAUUUACAUGGGAAGAGGAUCCUCUGGCAGGCAUUAUUCCUCGAACACUCCACCAGAUUUUUGAGAAACUUUCAACCAAUGGGACAGAGUUCUCAGUCAAGGUUUCUUUGCUGGAGAUCUACAACGAGGAGCUCUUUGACCUCCUCAGCCCUUGCCCGGACGUGACUGAGCGGCUUCAAAUGUUUGAUGAUCCUCGUAACAAGCGAGGGGUCAUCAUCAAGGGCCUGGAAGAAAUUACAGUGCACAACAAAGAUGAAGUUUAUCUGAUUCUGGAGCGAGGGGCAGCCAAGAGGAAGACUGCAUCCACCCUGAUGAAUGCCUACUCCAGCCGCUCUCACUCGGUCUUCUCCGUCACCAUUCACAUGAAGGAGACCACUGUCGAUGGGGAAGAGCUGGUCAAGAUUGGGAAGCUGAAUUUGGUGGAUCUCGCUGGCAGCGAGAACAUCGGCCGUUCAGGGGCCGUGGACAAACGGGCCCGCGAAGCCGGCAACAUCAAUCAGUCCCUGCUGACGCUGGGUCGGGUGAUCACCGCCCUGGUGGAGAGGACCCCCCACGUGCCGUACAGGGAGUCCAAGCUCACCCGCAUCCUCCAGGACUCCCUCGGGGGGCGCACCAAAACGUCCAUCAUCGCCACCAUCUCCCCCGCCUCCAUUAACCUCGAGGAAACAUUGAGCACCCUUGAAUAUGCAAAUAGAGCAAAGAACAUCAUGAAUAAGCCCGAAGUGAAUCAGAAACUGACAAAGAGGGCCCUCAUCAAGGAAUACACUGAGGAAAUUGAACGCCUGAAACGGGACCUGGCCGCCUCUCGGGAUAAGAAUGGAGUGUAUCUGUCGGCUGAGAACUUUGACUCUAUGAAUGGCAAAAUAGCCGUGCAGGAGGAGCAAAUCGCGGAGUUCACCGAGAAGAUUUCGGUUCUGGAUGAUGAGUUCAAGACGCUGACGGACCUGUUCUCACACAGCAAGCAGGAGCUGGAGCUCUGUACAGACAGCAUGAAGGACUUGAAGCUGCAGCUGGAAGGAGCGCAGACUGAACUGCAGCAGACCAAGCUGAGGCUGAGUGAGGAGCAGUUCGUCGUAUCUGAGCUGGAGACCACAGAGGGGAAACUGUACAGCACUGCUGACAAGUUGUUGACUACGGUGACUGUCAGCACCAAAGAUGUCUCCGGUCUGCAUGAGAAACUGGACAGGAAGAAAGCAGUGGAUGAGCACAAUGCCGGAAUGCAGAAAAGCUUCGAAAUGCAGAUGGACACGGUGUUCAAGCAAAUGCAGAAGUCUGUGGACGAACAGUGUGUGAAGCACCAGGAAAUGUUCAGCUUCUACAAAAGCUCAGUCGCCGGUCUCUUGGAUGUCAGUACUACAGCGUUCAGUGAAGCCACAUCGACGGUUACCAAGUCUUUUAAAAGCAUCAAAGAUCUCGUCAACACCAGUGUGACCAAAUGCCAGGCCGAGAUGGAGGAGCAAGAAUCGCUGUGCCAGGAGGGAAAGGACCGCCUGAUUAAUAUUUUGGUGGAGCACAGGCUUGAAAUGGAGAACGGAAUAUUUGCAGUAAUCAUGCCCGGAUUUGCCGCUCUUAUGGAGAUGAAUGAAUCCUUGAAACGCACAUUGCAGAGUCAUUCUGUAGUGGCAGAAAAGAUUGAGUGCAUGAAGCAAGAGAUGAGCUCGUUCUUCACUGAUCACACGCAAGGCCUGGCCAGACUGCGAGAGACUGCGAACGCGGGGUUCAUCUCCCUGCAGGCCGAGAACGAGAAGCUGAAGCAGAUGAUCAGCAGCACGGGCAAAAAGCAGGAGGCGAGCAUUUCGCAGGUGCUUUCUUGCCUGCAGAACCAGCUGAACCUCCUGGCUUUGGAGACCAGAACGGAUUUCGGUCAGCUGUUGAGCCAGUCGGAAACCAUGCAGGAGCCUGCGGCGUCUCUGCAGAAGGACAUUCAAACGCAAUGUACAGCUGUGGAGCAGAGAGCCAUCGCCCAGCAGGGUCACAUCGAAGCCUCCACCGCCGGGCUUGCAGCUGAGCUUCGGCAAGCCACCGAGGAAGGCAGGCAGACACUGGAGGAGUCCUCCGGCCAGCACGGCUACCUGAAGGCCUCCGUCACCGAGCUGGGCGAGCAGAGCCUCACGUGGUGCGACACCGCCAGGGCCACCGCCAUCUCCCUGGCUGAAGAGCAGCUCUCCAAGAUGGCUGCCAGCAAGACCUCUGCACAGGCUCUUCAGCAGGGCGUGGAAGUGGGAUGUGGCGGUGCUGCCCGUGCUGUGAGCGAGCAGCUUAAACUACAGCAGAGCGUCGUCCGGGAAACGCUGGAGGUGCUGGAGAAGCAGGUCCGCUCGGACGAGGCCGCCCUCCAGCUCCACACCGCCGAGCUGGCCUCCCACCCGAGCAACGGGCUCUCCAAGGUCCGCACCUUCCUCAACGAGGAGCUCAAGCAGGACGUUCCCACAGGCAAAACCCCACAGCGCAAAGACUACGUCUACCCCAGGACCCUGGUGAGAAGCAGGAGGAGGGAGGAACUCCUCGAGUCUUUCAGCAAGCAGCAGCAGGAGCUUCAGGCAGCGCUGUCUUUCUGCGAGACCGUGCAGGAGGAGCAGGUUGAUGAGGAUUCGCUAGAGGAGGAGGUCAGCAGCUGCAACGACACUACCAUCCCUGAACAAUCUUAUGUCGAUGAGAACAUCAUGUGCUUAGAGAGUGGAAGAGUCCCCUUCUUCAAGCGUAAGAGAGGUGGCAAGAAAGACAAAUCUUCUCUCAAUCAUUCGAAGAUGACCGAAAAUGAGAGGGAGUCGCCCGUUCGAUCCAAGCUCCCACUGAGGGUUCAGAACUAGUGACCGAGUCCACUCCUGUUUUUUUAUGUCUAACUUUGUUUUGUGUGUAACUUUCUUUUAUCCUGUCUUUUCCUUCAAGACAUCUAAGAUCUUUUAAAUAUUUGAAAUCUUUUUCUUUGUGUAAAUGAAUUUAAGUCAUUUGUUUUUAAAAAAAAAUGUAAUAAAUGGGCGCAAUGGUGAGUAGGUUUUCCUUUUUUAUAUCAUUGUGAAUAAAUUGAUUUUAUUGUAUGUAAA